AUGGAGCGACCAGGAGUGGACAUGCCCCACGUAGAGUUCAAGGACCAGGAGCCGCAGGCGAUGGGGGAGCACCAGCAAGGCCAGGAGCACGGCGAAGAGGAAGCUGGUGGAGGGUCAGCUAGUGCCAACCGCCAGCUGCCCGCGCUGGAAGGAAAGCCAGUACCCUACUUCUCCUCUCUGGAGUCAAGCAUUGAUAUCCUGAAGAAAAGAGCCCAGGAACUGAUCGAAAACAUCAACGAGAGCAGGCAAAAGGAUCAUGCACUCAUGACCAACUUCAGGGACAGCCUCAAGAUCAAGGUCACCGAUCUGACAGAGAAGUUAGAGGAGAGAAUGUACCAGGUUUACAACCACCACAGCAGGAUCAUCCAGGAGAGGCUCCAAGAGUUCACCCAGAAAAUGGCAAAGAUCAGCAAUCUGGAAACAGAGCUCAAAGAAGUCUGCCACACUGUAGAGUCUGUGUACAAAGACCUGUGCGUCCAGCCUGAGGUCACAAUUCCAGAAGAACAGACCUACAGAGAUGAUGAAUGCUAACCACUGCUGGGAGAUUCACUUACAUCUUAGUGACAGCCACCAAGAGGCCAUUGUUGGGCCAUGCAGAGAAGAUUGUUUUUCACAGUUCUGUAACAUAUUUUGGCCAAAACAAUAAAAAGA